CCUUAUCCGGUGCUCCUGCCCAUGCGCCCGCCGUUUCGGCGGCGGCCGCCCCGGCGCCAGCGGCAUCCACGCCUGUCGCAGCCACCGCGGUGAGUCCCCCGGGGGAGCGUGUGGUCGCCUCCGGGUAUGCGAAGAAGCUGGCUUCAGAGGCGGGAGUGGACCUGCGGUCCGUCCCAGGGACGGGGCUGGGAGGACGCGUGGUGGGAGCCAACGUGAUUGCGGCGGCAGCGGGAAAACCCAUGGCGAAGCCCUUGGGGUACCGCUCUCCUCCUGGCUCGGCCACGCCUUUGGCCAAGCGGCUGGCGGCGGAAGCCGGGCUGGAUUUGAAAAGCUUGAAAGGUACGGGGGAGUUUGGGCGGGUGACGGCGGACGACGUGUUGAUUGCCACGGGGAAGAAGAGCCCGGUCAAGAAGCAGGCAGCGGGCGGGAAGGCCGGGCCGGUCAAAGCGCCCAAACCUGCACCCGGUCCCAUGCCCACGGGGACUAAAUCCAUGGACGGGAUGAUGAAAGCCGUGGCGAAGAACAUGGAGAAGACCUUGGACGUACCCAUAUUCCGGGUCUCGCGCCUGAUCACCACGGACAAAUUCGACAAGAUGUAUGCCGAGGUCAAGGGCCAGGGGGUGUCGGUCUCGGCCCUCCUCGCCAAGGCAGUCGCCAAGACCUUGGAGCGCCACCCGAUCUUAAACGCGGCCUACGACCCCGCGGGCGCCAUCAAGUACAACCCGGAUAUCAACAUUGCCAUGGCAGUGGCCUUGGACGGCGGUCUGAUCACGCCCACCCUCCGGAACGCCAACGCCAUGGACCUGGUCUCCCUUGGGGGGAAAUGGCGGGAAUUGGUCAAGAAAGCGCAGGAGAAACGCUUGGCCCCUGACGAAUACACGACGGGUACUUUUACCAUCAGCAACCUGGGCAUGUACGGGGUCUCGGCUUUCGACGCCAUCCUGCCCCCUGGACAAGGCUCGAUUUUGGCGAUCGGCGGUUCGAUUCCCACCGUGGUUGUGCGCAAGGACGGCAGCUUUGCCGUCCAGAAACAGAUGACCGUGACCAUCACGUGCGACCAUCGGCACAUUUAUGGAGCGGACGCGGCAGAGUUUUUGCGGGAUCUGGCCGAGCUGAUGGAGGAGGACGUGGAGAGCUUGUUGGACUGA